AUGUCAGGUACCAUGGGCGAAGAGGAGAUUGACCUCUACGGUCUUCUGUCAAUCAAGCGGGAUGCGACUCCGGAACAAGUCAAGAAAGCCUACCUCCAGGCAGCCCUCAAAUACCAUCCCGACAAAGUUGCAGUAGAGCAACGGGAGGAGUCCGAAGUCAAGUUCAAAGAAAUCACACGAGCCUACGAAAUUCUCAGCGACGCGCAAAAAAGACAUCUUUAUGACACCCACGGCAUGGCAGCCUUUGAUCCUUCCCGAGGAGGUGGUCCGGGCGGGCCUGAAGUAGACCUCAACGAUAUCCUUUCCCAGAUGUUUGGCUUCAACAUGGGCGGCCCUGGAGGCCCUCAGAGGCCGAGACGAGGGCCUGACGAGGAGCAGGAGUAUAAAGUCACGCUUGAAGAACUCUACAAAGGCAAGACUGUCAAAUUUGCUGCGAAUAAGCAGGUUGUUUGCGGUCAGUGCAAGGGAUCCGGUGGUAAGGACAGGGCCAAAUCCACCACCUGCGAACGCUGCAAAGGCAACGGCAUGGUUGAGGCAAUUAGACAGAUCGGGUCCGGCAUGAUGAGACGGGAGACUGUUCUGUGUGAUCACUGUCAAGGCGUCGGACAGGUUUUCAAAGAGAAGGAUCGCUGCAAGAAGUGCAAGGGGAAGAGGACGACGCAAGAAAAGAAGGCCUUGGAGAUAUACAUUCCACGAGGGUCGAUGCAGGGCGAGAGAAUUGUUCUGGAAGGCGAGGCAGAUCAGUAUCCGGACCAAAUACCUGGCGAUAUUGUCUUCACUGUAGUGGAGGAGCACCACGAGACUUUCUCGCGAUUAGGGAAUGACCUUUCAGCAGAGCUCAAGGUUACGUUGGCAGAAGCCUUGACCGGCUUUUCUCGCGUCGUACUCAAGCAUCUUGACGGCCGGGGCAUUCACAUCCAACGACCGCGAGGCAAAAUCCUGCGACCCGGAGAUUGCCUCAAGAUCCCUGGCGAGGGUAUGCCCAUGAAACGAGGCGAGAUGAAGGGAGAUCUGUACCUUGUUGUAACCGUGGACUUUCCCGAGGAUGAAUGGUUGAAGGAUGAUGCUUCGUACGAAGUUUUGCAAAAGAUGCUGCCACCGCCAAGGCCGCCUAUCGCGGCAGAGGAAGUUGACGAACUGAGAUAUGAAGAUGGGGCUGAUCUUGAGAAGAUGGGCGAAAACUCUGGAGAUCCCCGGUUCGCGAGCGAGUGGGAAGACGAGGAAGUUGACGAAGGCCAAGCGCAGUGUCAAACGCAGUAA